UCGCAGUCGUCGCCGAAUACGAUUUCGACUCACUCAAUCAAAGGAGCAGACUCAACUCAUAUUGUGCAUCCAAUUCUUCGUGCAUCUCCGACCAACUGUGACUGCCACCAGCCAUUCAUAAAUUCCGGCAACAAAAUCCAGAGUGGCAUGUGGUCAUUACAGGUUUCCAAGACACGGCUCGUCUCCUCACUCUCAUCGCUUGCUUGUCUAUCCGAUGUAGAAACCCGAUUGAGAGCUUUAUGGAAGGACCCAGAUCCUCAAACUUCAGAGGCGCUUUUGCGUUUUCAUGAUGCCAUACAUUCAAACCGUCUGCCUGCGGGGUCAGCCUUAGCCUGCAACUUCCUUGUGAACACUCUGACAAGGUCAAAAGAUUAUGAAUUAGCAUUCUCAGUUUAUGCUAACAUGGCUGAGGUUGGUAUUAUUCCGAGCUUUAUGUCAUUAAGUUGUUUAGUUUCAUGUUUUGUCAAUGCACGGAAGCCAGAAUUUGCAGUUGGGGUUUUCGGCUUGGUAUUAAAGCGCGGAUUUCAGUUCAACGAUUAUGUUAUGAAUCUUGUGUUAAAGGGAUUUUGUUCGAAUAAUGAGGUUGACAAGGCAAUCCAAUUGUUUAGUGUAAUGGGAAGUCAUUUUGUAACACCUGAUAUUCGUAGUUAUAACAUUCUUAUAGAUGGACUUUGCAAAGCAAAAAAGUUGGAAGAAGCAGUGGAAUUGUUGGUUGAUAUGGGGUUGUCAGAUUCAAAACCAAAUGUGGUUACGUAUAACACGUUGAUAAAUGGAUUUUGUAAACAGGGUAGAGUGAACGAGGCCAUGGGUUUCUUGGAAGAGAUGAGGCAAAAGGGUUUGGAAAUGAAUGUUUUCGCAUAUAGUUCCCUUAUAAGUGGAUUUUGUGCACAAGGGAAUCCGGACAGGGGGAAACAACUGUUUAAUGAGAUGUUAAACAAGGGUAUUUCUCCUAAUGUGUUUACAUAUACUUGUUUGAUUAAUUGUUUUUCGAAGAUGGGGGAGUGGAAAGAAGUCACUGAUGUGGUGAAUGAUAUGACACAAUGUGGAGUUCUCCCUGAUGUUGUUACUUACACAGGUAUCCUUGAUGGUCUUUUCAAAAAAGGAAUGGCUACAAAAGCCAUGGCGAUGUUCAAUUUAAUGCUAUCUAAGGGUACAGAGCCUAAUACUGUAACAUACAAUGCUAUGAUUGAUGGAUUAUGCAAGGAGGGGUUGGUGGAUGAUGCUUUAAAGAUCUUUGAAGUGAUGAAAGGGAAAGGUGUUAAGCCUGAUGUAAUUACUUACAACACAUUACUAAUGGGACUAUCCUCUGAUGGGAAGGCUGAUGAGGCAAUGAAACUUUUCAGUAAGAUGACAAAUGAUGAGAACUUUGUUGAGCCAGAUGUUAUGACAUAUAACAUGCUCAUUUUGGGACUAUGCAAGGAAGGUAACCUUGAUCAAGCUAUGGAGAUAUAUCAUGCAAUGAUUAAAAGAGGCAUCUCUGGUAGCUCUUAUACUUAUUCUACUUUGAUCGACAGAUGCCUACAGGAAGGAUUAAUUGACAAGGCGUUAGAAUUCUGGAGAUAUGCAGUUGACGUGGGAGUUAUACAUAACUCAAUCACAUAUGGUGUCUUGAUCAAUGGAUUUUCCAAAAACCAAAUGCUCAGGAUUGCAAAAGGACUGUUUAGUAAAAUGAGAGCUUCUGGGGUCAGUCCUACAGUAAUUGACUACAACACUUUGAUGUCAUCGUUGUGCCAGGAGGGUAGUUUGGAGCAAGCUAAGAAGUUGUUUCAAGAAAUGCGAACUGAAAAUCAUUUGCCUUGUGCCAUCUCAUUUAAUACCAUAAUUGACGGUAUUUUAAAAGCUGGAGAUGUCAAAUAUGCUAAAGAGUUGCUAGAGGAUAUGCUCAAAUUGGGUUUAAUUCCCGAUAGAAUAACCUUCUCUAUGUUGGUAAAUCGGCUUUCAAAACUUGGGCUCAUGGAUGAGGCUAGAAUGUGCGUUGAGAAGAUGAUUACUCGUGGUAUUGAGCCUGAUGUCUUUGUAUAUGAUUCUUUACUAAAGGGCUAUAGUUCUAAAGAUGAAACCGAAGAAAUUGUUAGUUUGCUUCAUCAGAUGGCAGACAAGGGUGUUGUUCUUGACCAAGAUAUAACUUCUACCAUCAUGGCUUGCCUCUGUCAAAUCUCUGAUAAUGUUGAUGUGAUGCAGGUUCUCCCAACUUUUUCCAAAGGGACAUCAAAAGAAAUAAGCAUUAACUGCAAUGAGCUAUUGAUGAAAGUCAAAAAAUCAUAUCCGCAACUUAAGUUAUGUGAUUCUUUCUCCUGAAGAGGUUUUCCAGUGCCACAAUAGUGUGUUGCUUUUGAUGUGCUAUGAUAUGUAAGUCACGUUGUCCUUUGUUUUAUCUAAUUGUAAAUUAUAUGGAAUUUUACGAUAUUUUCGUAUUUAUUGUUAUUACUUCUCUUAUCACUCCAUGUACUAUUUUUAUCAUGGCAAGUUAUGUUCAUAAGUCAUAACUUUCAUAGACAGUUAUGUGCAAAACACUUUCUAAGGUUUUAUAACAAUUUGUCUUCUUUAUUCAAGGCCCAUGCCAUGGAACUUGAACAAAAGAAAAAAUGGGUAAAGGGACUAGGUUGGGUGGUAUUUAUUCAAAAGUGAAGGCAUCUGACGUAUCAAACUAAAACCAUUCUAGCUGUUACAAUUCAUAAGUUGGUGACAGAAUCUCAUUGGUUUGGUUGCUCACUAAUUGCCAUUUUUGUUUUGCAAAAGUACAAAUAUAAACAUAAUGUGCUCUGUAGUUCCUUUUGGUCAUGUUUAUCUCUCUUGAAUCACUUGCUUAAUGCUCCAACAUGAAAAGAAUAAAUAUAAACAUUCAUACAUGCUUGUAUCAACUCUAGUAUGUUCUGUAUGAAUUUGGGAAGUGUUGAUCAUUCUUUUAUGCAUUGCCUGUUUGCACCAAGCUCAGUUGUUAGUAAUGUGGGUUUAGCCACAACAUGUCUCGGCUUUACUUGGCAGAGGGGUGCUUGUGGAAAGAAAAUGAUUCUGUGGUCUCUUAGUGAAGGUGUUAAAUUUUGACCCUAAAAUGGACAAGUUUUUUUAUUUAAGAGCAUAUAGGUGGUAGACGUACUUCGCUUCUCCUUGUCUAAAACUAGUAGCACAUUACAUAGACAUUCUAGUGUUUAUUCUUCUUUGUUGGAGGGUGAUAUUUUGUCUGAUGAUAUUCAUUUAUCUUUUUAUUCUUUUUUGUAUAACUUUCUUUGGUAAUGCCUUCAUAUUUUUUUUCCUAAAAAUAAGUAGGCUUUACCAGCAUGAAAGGUAUCUAUUGAAGGAUUGGAUUAUAGUGUUUAAUAGAUAACGUAUGAAUUGCAUCUCGUUACGGACUAAAUUGUUUUAGGUUGCUGUGCUGACUC